AUGACGUAGAUGUGGGUUGCUUUUAACACCUGGCUUGAGGGCAAGUCAAUAUUUGAACUCAGAUUUUUAUGGAUAGAUGGUCUUCAUACGAAUAUGUGGUCGCAACAAAAGCGUGGGAUUAAAAGAAAUUAUGUCAGUUGUUUGGUAACACUCCACGCAUACAUGCACAUGCAUCACACACACACAACAUAAGGCAAUUAUAUAAACACAAACCCACAUGAAAGUCAUCACUUGGAUUUUCCCUUAAAGCCAACUUUAUACACAGACAGAAAGAGAUGAAAGGGGAGGACGAAGAAAAAAAGCAAAUAUAUAAAAGUCAAGAAAGAAAAAAAAUACAAAAAUAAAGCCAGGAAGAAAGACGAAAUAAAAUGAAAAAAAAUUACUAAAGUAAGAAAGAAAGAGGGUCAUGCACUAACCUUAGCUGAGUACAUAUACACCUGUUGAUUACAGUUAAUAAAAAGUAUAGAAGGACAAAGUGAAGAUGGAAAGAAAGAUAUGAAGGGAGAUAAGCCCACGUGCACAAAAUCAUUUGUCCUUUUUUUUUUUUUUGAAGAAAGUCCUUACAUGGACCUCUUAUGGCUGUUCAGUUCAUACAUAUUGUUUGUCACUUAUCUGGACAUAAACGUGUAUGAAGUCUUUAUUUCUGUUGGAACAGCAGAACUCUCGUCAUCACGUGUACCUCCUUGAAAAGACUGCUCUUCUCAUUUUUUCCAUUUGCUCGCGUGGCACAGCAGUGGAUUGCACAGAGGGAGGCUGUCGCGUAAGAUUCAUUAAACCAACAUUGAGCACUUUCCACCAUUUUGAACCAGAGCAAUAAUAGGUGUUAGCAGGUUAAAGCUUUCAAAGGAGAACAUAUGGCCGUGGGGGGUCGCCACUGGACGAGUGGUUACAAAAAUAAAGUAGACUGAACAAAGCCGCAACUCGCUGGUCUGGUCCUGGAUGUCGUAUUGGACUUUAGGUGGUGAGGCAGGAGGGUGGGGAGAAGUAUACCUAUAUAUCCAGCAGACUGUUAAGGACGAGAAGGUCAGAGCAGUCACGGAGAACAUUCCAUCAGGCUAAGAACCUCGCCUCGUUGAAGAGUUCAGUUCUUCAAUUGCAAGAUUUUCGUUUCAGGGCAUGGAAGACUUUAAUUUCAGAAAGAAAGAAAUUCUCUGGAUUUUGGGGUUUGUCGCUCUCUUGUCAUUCUGGCCGGGCGUCUGUCUGGCUGGCACGCAAUGUCCAUGGGAGGACGCAAGCCUAUUGCCCUGGAGUGACCCUAGUACCUGGGAUUCUGGGUAAAAUUCCAGAAGAAGGAGACCAGGUUAUUAUUCCUGAAGGCAAGCGAGUGGUACUCAAUCAACAACCAGUCACAUUAGCCACCAUCACCAUCCGGCAGGGGGCAGCACUCGUCUGGGGAAAUGUGGACGGCAUCACCCUACGCGUGCACUACAUCAUGGCAGAAGGGGAGUUCAUUGUGGGUUCUGAGGAUUGUCCCUUCACCAAACAAGCCCACAUACAGCUUCUCGGAAAGUCUGACAGCCCGUAUGUCGUAGAGACAGAGAACUUUGGGCGCAAGUUCAUCGGUGUACCUGCCGGAGGGACACUUGAGCUGCACGGCAAACGGAAAACUUCGUGGACCAAGUUGGCCCAGACCAUACCUUCGCUUGAGAACAUUCCUUGUGCCGUGGUGUACAAACAUUCCAACUAUGAUAAGAACAAGAUCGGAUUGGAAAGACAGCAAGGUCUGCAUGUCCUGGUGUGGCACGAGGAUGGCAGUGUUCUAGACUUCGUUGUUUUGGCGGUCAAAGACUAUCCCAACUUUCCUGAAUUUCUGAGGACAAUACCUGCCGGGAAGGUGAUAGGUGUUUACGCUUUUGGGACUGCGGGAAUCGGAAACAGGACAUCCGAUGGCGAUUACAUCCGAUACAUCGAAUCUGCCAUCAAAUCUCUAGGUGGCGUCGCCAUCACCUCAGCCGACAUUGGUGACAGCUAUGCCUUCCUUGUCCGCAAAGGUGACAUCACAUCAGCAACAGAGUCUCGAGUGCCAAGCGGUCAAGUGGGGUCCGGCCAGUACAUCCACCUGACAGACUGGAACAGAGAACUCGACUUCCAGGUGGCAGCCACGUCAUCCAUACUGUUUGACUAUUUCCGGGUAUUAAGCUCUGGCGCAGCGUACCCGAUACUCACACUUGCCAGUGAGGUCACAGGUUGGGAGCCAGGUGACCAGAUAGUGGUCGUCUCUACGGACUUCGAUUGGAGGCAGGCUGAGGUUCGAACUCUCAUCCCCUGCAGCACGUGUUCGCGGCGCCAAGUUCGCGUUAAUGAGACAUUCCAGUACAUGCACUACGGCAACUUCACGUACGACGUUGAUGAGAGAGCGGAGGUGGGCAUGCUGUCCCGUAGCAUCCUCAUUGAGGGUGUCAUGGAACCUGCGUGUUAUUACACCAACAGCAUAGAGAAAAAACUGUGUGCCCGCUUUGGCAUGGACACUUUUGGUGGAAACAUAAGGAUCAUUCGAGGUCAUGCCAACGCCCACAUUGAAGGGGUGGAGCUCUACCACAUGGGACAGCAACCUUUGCUCAGUCGCUACCCGCUUCACUUUCACAUGUGCGACGAUGUACCCGGCAUGUACCUGAAAGACAACACCGUCCACGACUCCUUCUCCCGCUGCAUCACCAUUCACGGCACCAACAAGCUUCUGGUGCAGGGAAACGUGUGCUACAAGCACCUGGGACACGGCGUCUUCAUAGAGGACAGUGUGGAGCAAGACAAUAUUAUAGAACGAAACCUGAUUAUCGGCACCAUGCAUGGAACUCGUUUGAUGUCAGAUUCUACUAUCGAAUGGUGUCAGGAGGACUAUCCUAACAACAAUUUCGGAGAGAACUGCGACCACGUCUCCUCCUUCUGGCUCACACAUCCCAACAACGUAGUCAACAACAAUGUUGCAGCUGGCAGCGACGGACAUGGUUUCAAGUUUGUUUUUGCUGACCUCCCUUUGGGUCCGUCCUAUGACCGCCAGGCGGAGCUGGGGCGGCCUCACUAUCCGAUGUACUAUCCAAUCCAAAGCUUUGCUGACAACACAGCGCAUUCCAAUGGGCAGGCUGGUCUUUUCAUGGACAGUAAACUCUCAACAGGCAGGCUACCCGAGGAAAAGGGGGUUCCAGAGAACGGUGUUCUUAUGGUACAAAACGGUUAUGACCCGCGUGACCCGCCGACCCCAGACGGUCAGUCGGUCUGGACUGAAAUGCGGCGCAUCACAUUCUUCAAAAAUGGACGACAAAACGCGUGGCUUAAGGGAGGCAACAUAAGAAUGACCCAGUGCACACUUGCAGACUCACCUCAGGGCCUGGCAGGUGGCACCACGGGCUUUGAGACUGGCACAGAGGUCACCAACAGCAUCUUCAUCGGCGAGACGGACAACGUGGGCCUUCCGUCAUCAUACAAGGUGGACACCAGCAAGUACACGUCCGUCAAGUACGACCUCGACAGGUCCUUCCCCACCACACCGUACGAGACCCUCACUGGUGUGAGCUUGUACCAAGGACCAAACAUUGUCAAGAACACUUAUUUCAAUCGCUUCUGGAACAAGAUUUUGAACAACAACUGGAAAGAUUCCAACGGUUUAAAUUUGAUCCGAUACGGAGGGGGCCUGAGCUUCAAACGCUCUAACGCUUAUCCCACUAUGACGUCAUCAUACGUACAGAAUAUCACGUUUGGAUACUGCGACGGGGUGGACGGGGGCAACUGGGUUUUCCACGGCAACGCCUCCAUUGCUGACUGGGAGGAGCGUGACGGCAGCCUCGGGGUGUUUGUCAGAGACGCCGACGGUUCCGUGACGGGUACGGCCAACGCCUCCAUCGUCAGAAACAUCCCCUUCUACAAGGGUCCUGAGUGUUCGGACAGACCCAACUGGGGCAUGACGGUCUGUCCCUACCGUUACGUCAAGAUGGAGAUUCUGGGAGAUGGGGGAAACCUAGCGAGUGACAAGCGAGACAAGACUCCCAUGAUCGCAAAGCGUGACGACGCUCCGUAUGACGAGCCUUUCGUGAUAGAAGGUACAAUCAGAAACGAAUAUCUUUUCCGCACACAGAAGUCUUACCUCAUCGACUUCAACACCCAGGUGAACAAGGCCGCCUUUCCAACCGAGAUGAGCUUUUACGGAUAUGGAGUGGAGAAAGGCGACGUGGUGCGCAUAGGAGUGUGCCAGCCCCUUGAUGCGGAGGGCUACUGGGUGAGGAGCGACUACCCGGCUGUCAUCAAGGACAAUGCCACGUGGGCAUCGAGUCUGGAGGAGCUGGACGCAGACACAACGGGUAGCGUCUUCUUCCACGACAAGCAAAACGGAAUUUUGUUCUUCAAGCUGCUUAGUCUCCAUCAGAGAACCAACGACACCCAGCAAUGCCCAUCAGGACUCUGCAACAGGGUCAAGUUCGUGCUAAAGAGCGGCAGCAGAGACAGGAUGAGAUCCUGCUUUGGAAUUUCUGUCCCACCUUUUCGUGAUAAUACGCCCAAGCCCGAUGUGCCACUUCCCAAACCAUGUCCAGGAAUCGGCUCCCCUCAGGGUCUUGGAGCACUCGACUGGUCAAAAGUGGACUUCGUUGUUCGUGAGAAUUUCUCUGUACCUUGUGCGCAAGCGCCUCCUGCCGGCAACAAGAAUCCGACAAUAAAGGGGUGUUAUACCGAGAAGGGCAACGAACUGUUGGGGAACGAGGUGAACGAACUGGCGAGCUCCAUGACCCCGCGCUGGUGUCUAACCAGAUGUAAAGGAAGAGGCUACACGUUCGCGGCCGUGACGCGAGGCAAGCGAUGCACGUGCGGCAACACGCUGAACGACGGUGCGGCGCAGACGCUGGACAUGAGCCGCUGCACGAGCCUACCCUGCAGUGGUGACGUCACACAGGGGUGCGGCGACAAAGGGGCGAUACUCGUCCUGCAGACCCAGCAAAGUUGACAAAACCCUAACUCUGAAAAUUUGCUGACCAGCACCGAGAUACUUGUUCGACACAGCCUUCUCGCAACGAUUUCACGGAAUACUCGACAAGAGGCCGAACCUUCAUGAUUUAGGUUGUAAAACUAUAAACAUUCAAAAAAUAAAG